AUGACUCUGACGCCACACUCCGCUGAGACAGCCGCGGGCCAAAGCGUGCCGACUGCCUCACUGUUGCCCGCCACAUCUUCGAUUUCUGCGACGAACAUCUCGCCAACAGAUGACCUUCAGUGCUCGCGAACUAUCAAGCAAUCACCGGAAGACGCGGAUGACGGGUAUGCCAUGAAACGAUGCCGCACUCCAUGCGAGGAGCCGACAGAAGACGUGGAAACAACGGGGAUCGUGGUCGGCAGUGGGGAGGGAUAUUUCGGGUACGAGGAAUGUGAAGGUGGAGACAUCGUUCCGACGACGCCACUCGAUUACUCGCGCGCGCAUGAGAUUCAGUUGCCUGUAUCAGAAGCGCAGUCCGCUACUGAUGAAAGGGAGAGGAUUGAAGGUCUCGACUUUUGCGAUGAUCUUCACCAAAAUCCGGAUCUCGUCCAUUACGACGGCAAGGAAGUCAAUGUCGACCUCGAGGUCUUUGCGGAAGAAGCAGAGACCAUUCUGUCUGACGACGUCAUCGACGGCGCCAUCAUCCCUUCCGGCAAAACCUGCACAGACGCGAGCGCCGCACAACGUCUCAAUCAUGGCAUGAAGAUUCGCACUAUCGCGCCUUCGCCACUUCGCUGCGACCUGAGCCAGUAUCAGUAUCCCCCAGUCGCGACGCCACCGGUCGCACCUCUGUUUUGGGCACGUAUCCAAGCAUACCUCUUCUCUAUAUUCUCUGAUCUAAUCGUUCACAGCAUGCUCGAAGAUCACGGGUCUGAAUGCAGCCUGGCGAGAAAACGAACCCUCAAGGCUAUUCGGGCGCAUCGUCUUUUCGAGAUGGACGCGCCCGUCGUCCUCCAUGGCACUCCCUGUCGCUCGACCGACGAGACUUGCGGGACGCUCCACCUUCGUCACCUCGACAAGUACAGCUAUCGCUUCGAGCUCGCCGGGCACCCGAACUUGACCAGAGCCGUAUGUGGUCGAGAACACUUCUGCGGAGCCAGCCCCAGCGCGAUGCUAAUCAGCACCACGUCGAAUGCGCUCUCUCCGCACGGGUGUGUCGUCCACAUUCUUCUCACCCUGGAAGCACUCGCGCUUUCGGAGGACGAUGGGUUUUCGCUCGAGGAAGUCCAAAUGGCAGCGGUUGGGUUGCUCAGCGUGCGCUCGGACCCUCGCGCGAUGCAGUACUUGGACGACCAUCGGAAGCUCCUCCAUGAGGUGCUCGAGGAACAGCCGGCGCUGAGGAGUUGGACCACGGUGGACCUCGUGUGGCAAAUGGUUGCUGGGAUGGAGGGCAUGCGGCGUGCCGGCAAGGAGGCCGCCGCGUUCGCGCUCGACAUGGGCCGUGAGAGGGCAAGUAGGAGACUUCGUCGGUUCAGUUCCGUUUCGGUGCAAUGA